CCUCCUGCGUGUCAGCUGUGCUGCGUGUCAGGAGCUGUGGAGAGGUCCUUCUGCUAUUCUGUCUGUCCCACCCCGUCUCCCUGCUGCCAUGACAACCUUCCCAGAGUACAUUGCUCAGAAUGAGGAACGAGACGGUGUGCGUUUCAGUUGGAACGUGUGGCCCUCCAGUCGUCUGGAGGCGACCCGCAUGGUGGUCCCUGUUGCCUCACUUUUCACCCCGCUGAAGGAGAGGCCUGACCUGCCGCCCAUUCAGUAUGAACCAGUUCUAUGCAGCCGAGCCACCUGUCGUGCAGUCCUCAAUCCACUGUGCCAAGUGGACUACAGAGCCAAGCUGUGGGCUUGUAACUUCUGCUACCAGAGAAACCAGUUCCCUCCCACUUACGCGGGGAUCUCAGAAGUCAACCAGCCGGCGGAGCUGCUGCCUCAGUUCUCCACUAUUGAAUACGUGGUCCAGAGGGGGCCCCAGAUGCCCCUAGUUUUCCUUUAUGUGGUUGAUACCUGCAUGGAGGAUGAGGACCUACAGGCCUUGAAAGAGUCUCUGCAGAUGUCAUUGUCUCUGCUGCCCCCUACUGCUCUGGUGGGUCUCAUCACUUUCGGCCGCAUGGUGCAGGUCCAUGAGCUGGGCUGUGAGGGAAUCUCUAAGAGCUAUGUCUUCAGAGGAACCAAAGACCUGAGUGCCAAGCAACUGCAGGAGAUGUUGGGUCUGACCAAACCUACAGCCUCACAGGGUGGAAGAGGACAAACAACCCAACAACCUUUAUGUAACAGGUUCCUUCAGCCAGUGCAGAAGAUCGACAUGAACCUGACUGACCUGUUGGGGGAGCUCCAGAGAGACCCCUGGCCUGUGACCCAGGGGAAGAGACCCCUCCGCUCGCUGGGCGUGGCCAUGUCCAUCGCUGUUGGCCUACUGGAGUGUACCUUCCCUAACACUGGGGCCCGGAUCAUGACCUUUAUGGGAGGCCCGGCCACCCAAGGCCCCGGCAUGGUGGUCGGAGAUGAACUGAAAACGCCAAUUCGCUCCUGGCACGACAUCGAGAAAGACAAUGCCAAGUUCACCAAGAAGGCCACCAAGCAUUAUGAGGCCUUGGCCAACAGGGCGUCCACCAAUGGUCACAUCAUUGACGUGUAUGCCUGCGCUCUGGACCAGACUGGCCUACUGGAGAUGAAAUGUUGUGCCAAUAACACCGGGGGCUACAUGGUGAUGGCUGACUCUUUCAACACCUCCCUGUUCAAACAAACCUUCCAGAGAGUCUUCACCAAAGAUGCCCAGGCCUGUUUCAAGAUGGCGUUUGCUGCUACGCUGGAGAUAAAGACAUCCAGAGAAAUCAAAAUAUCUGGAGCCAUUGGACCGUGUGUGUCUCUCAACGCAAAAGGACCCUGCGUGUCCGAGAACGAGAUUGGGACAGGGGGAACAUGUCAGUGGAAGAUCUGUGGUCUGGACCCGAGCACAACGCUAGCGCUCUACUUUGAAGUGGUGAACCAGCACAACGCUCCAAUCCCACAGGGUGGACGUGGUGCAAUCCAGUUUGUCACUCAGUACCAACACUCCUCUGGACAGAGACGCAUCCGAGUCACGACUACAGCCAGGAACUGGGCUGACGCGCAGACCCAGAUCCAAAGCAUUGCUGCUUCUUUCGACCAAGAGGCAGCGGCCAUUUUGAUGGCGAGGCUGGCAGUUUACAGAGCGGAGACAGACGAGGGACCCGACGUCCUCAGAUGGCUGGACAGGCAGCUAAUCAGACUGUGUCAGAAGUUUGGAGACUAUCACAAGGAUGAUCCCAACUCAUUCCGCUUCUCUGAGACCUUCUCCCUCUACCCACAGUUCAUGUUCCACUUGCGGAGGUCUCCCUUCCUGCAGGUCUUCAAUAACAGUCCUGAUGAGAGCUCCUACUACAGACAUCACUUCAACAGACAAGACCUGACUCAGGCUCUGAUCAUGAUCCAACCAGUCCUCUACGCUUACUCCUUCAAUGGACCGCCCGAGCCGGUUCUUUUGGACAGCAGUAGUAUUCUCCCAGACAGAAUCCUGCUCAUGGACACCUUCUUCCAGAUCCUCAUCUACCAUGGAGAGACUGUAGCCCAGUGGAGGAAAGCCGGCUACCAGGAGAUGGCAGAAUAUGAGAACUUCAGACAUCUCCUCCAGGCUCCAGUAGAUGACGCCCAAGAGCUCCUUCAAACCCGCUUCCCUAUGCCCAGAUAUAUAGACACAGAACACGGAGGAAGCCAGGCUCGUUUCCUGCUCUCCAAGGUGAACCCCUCCCAAACCCACAACAACAUGUACGCCUGGGGCCAGGAGUCUGGGGCUCCUAUCCUGACAGAUGACGUCAGUCUGCAGGUGUUUAUGGACCAUCUGAAGAAGUUGGCUGUCUCCAGCGCUGCCUGAGAUGAAACAUUUUAUUUUACAUUUCCAUCAUGGAACGGCACUUUACUCUCUGUGUGCUGCCUAAGUCCCACAAAACAUUUAACCAGCAACCUGCUGUUGCCAUGGUAACCAGGCAGUCAUCCAUCACUCCGCCCCUCUUCGAGGACCAGCGUGACAAUGUGUCAUCCAGUCAGCUGCUGAUUCAAGACAUUAGUAACCAAUAAUGUGUCAGCUCCCUGCUUCCUCGUCCCUCUGCUGGUCUGUUGUUUCAUUUCCUCGUUAGCAGGAAGUUAAUUGAGUUGACAUGUAGGAGACUUGAGCCAGUGUGGAGAAGCAGGAGCUGAUUUGUUAUCCCAUUCUCAGUAAUCCACCAUCUCUAAUGAAACAUCUCUUUAAAUACUUUAAUACAACAAACUGUAUGAGCAACUUGAACUCCCAGUUUCUUGGUUUGGAGUCUUUGUGGUUCAUAGGUUACAGGUCACAUGACUGAAUAUUUUUCAUCUUUUAUUUUUCCUCAUCUGCACUUCAGACGCGCAUGCUGCCUUAUUCAUGCUUGAUUUUUUUAUAAGUAUGACGUUGUAUAUAUUAAUGGCAUGAAAUACAGCGACAUAUAAAGUCCUCACCUGAUGUUUAUUAUUUGGUUUAUCAAUAUAUUGGAUAAGUGUUAAUAUUCAAUAUAUGUAAACACAUAAGUUGUUUGGAAAGUGUUUUCAUUUGGCUAGCUAGAUGCUUAAGUUCUUCCAACUGCUCUACAGUUCUUUUCCAUUUUCUAUCUAUCCAUCUUUCUCUGUCUGUCUUUCUCGGUCGCUUUAUGGAACAACAGAUCAGAGAGGUAAACUUGUUCUUUACUGAGACUGAUAUAAAAUUGUUAUCUGUCUGUCUGUCUGAAUUUCUAAUAAAAUGCUUUGCU